GCGAGCUCCUGCCGGGCCCCCCCGCGCCGGACCAUGUACUCGGCCCACAGGCCCCUGAUGCCCGCGUCCGGCGCGGCCUCCCGUGGCCUCGGCAUGUUCGUGUGGACAAAUGUGGAACCUCGUUCUGUGGCCGUGUUUCCCUGGCACUCCUUAGUCCCCUUCUUGGCACCUAGCCAGCCUGACCCCUCCGUGCAGCCGAGCGAGGCCCAGCAACCUGCCAGCCACCCAGUGGCUUCCAACCAGAGCAAAGAACCUGCUGAGUCAGCAGCUGUUGCUCAUGAGCAGCUACCAGGUGGGACAGGGAAUGCUGACCCUGGGCGGCCACCAGGAGCCACAUGUCCUGAGAGCCCAGGGCCUGGACCCCCCCACACUCUGGGGGUGGUGGAACCUUGUAAGGGUCCACCUCCCACCACUGAGGAGGAGGCCCCCGGUCCCCCAGGAGAGCCCCGGCUGGACAGCGAGACAGAGAGUGACCAUGAUGAUGCCUUCCUCUCCAUCAUGUCUCCUGAGAUCCAGUUGCCUCUGCCACCUGGAAAGCGUCGGACCCAGUCCCUCAGUGCUCUGCCCAAGGAACGGGACUCAUCUUCUGAGAAGGAUGGACGCAGCCCCAACAAGCGGGAAAAGGACCAUAUCCGGCGGCCCAUGAAUGCCUUCAUGAUCUUCAGCAAGCGGCACCGGGCCCUGGUCCACCAGCGUCACCCCAACCAGGACAACCGGACCGUCAGCAAGAUCCUGGGCGAGUGGUGGUACGCCCUGGGACCCAAGGAGAAGCAGAAGUACCAUGAUUUGGCCUUCCAGGUGAAGGAGGCCCACUUCAAGGCCCACCCAGAUUGGAAGUGGUGCAACAAGGACCGAAAGAAGUCCAGCUCAGAGGCCAAGCCCACGAGCCUGGGGCUGGCAGGAGGGCACAAGGAGACGCGGGAGCGGAGCAUGUCGGAGACGGGCACUGCCGCUGCCCCUGGGGUGUCCUCUGAGCUCCUGUCCGUCGCAGCUCAGACACUCCUGAGCUCAGAUGCCAAGGCUCCAGGGAGUGGCUCUUGUGGGGCAGAACGGCUGCACACAGUUGGGGGACCUGGCUCGGCCCGGCCCCGAGCCUUCUCCCACAGUGGGGUGCAUAGCCUAGACGGUGGAGAAGUGGACAGCCAGGCACUACAGGAGCUGACACAGAUGGUGUCUGGCCCUGCAUCGUACUCUGGCCCAAAGCCACCUACCCAGUAUGGAGCUCCAGGCCCCUUUGCAGCCCCUGGUGAGGGAGGUGCUUUGGCAGCUAGUGGGCGGCCCCCACUACUGCCUACCCGAGCCUCCCGUUCCCAGCGUGCAGCCAGUGAGGACAUGACCAGUGAUGAGGAGCGCAUGGUCAUCUGUGAGGAGGAAGGGGAUGAUGAUGUCAUUGCUGAUGAUGGCUUCAGCACCACUGACAUUGACCUCAAGUGCAAAGAGCGGGUGACCGACAGCGAGAGUGGAGACAGCUCUGGGGAGGACCCAGAGGGCAACAAGGGAUUUGGUCGGAAGGUGUUUUCACCUGUGAUCCGUUCCUCCUUUACCCACUGCCGUCCCACGCUGGAUCCUGAGCCCCCAGGGCCCCCGGAUCCACCUGCAGCCUUCGGCAAAGGCUAUGGUCCCACCCCGUCCUCCUCGUCCUCACCUGCCUCCUCCUCAGCCUCAGCAGCCACCUCCUUCUCACUGGGCACAGGAACCUUCAAGGCCCAGGAGUCUGGUCAGGGCAGCACAGUAGGCCCACUGCGGCCCCCACCCCCUGGGGCUGGGGGCCCGGCAACACCUUCCAAGGCGACCCGGUUCCUUCCAACGGAUCCUGCUACCUUCCGACGCAAGAGACCUGAAAGUGUGGGGAGCCUGGAGCCUCCAGGCCCCUCAGUCAUUGCAGCACCUCCCAGUGGAGGAGGAAGCAUCUUGCAGACACUGGUCCUGCCCUCAAACAAGGAGGAGCAGGAGGGCAGUGGAGCCAGAGUGCCCUCGGCUCCGGCCCCAUCACUGGCUUACGGGACCCCAGCAGCUCCCCUUUCCCGCCCUGCUGCCACCAUGGUCACCAACGUGGUGCGGCCUGUCAGCAGCACUCCUGUGCCCAUUGCCUCUAAGCCCUUCCCCACCUCUGGCCGGGCUGAGGUGUCUCCAAAUGAUAUAGCAGGUGCCAGAACUGAAAUGGGCACUGGGUCUCGGGUGCCUGGGGGCUCCCCACUGGGCGUCAGCUUACUGUAUUCGGACAAGAAGUCAGCAGCAGCCACCUCACCAGCCCCACACUUAGUGGCUGGACCCCUCCUAGGCACUGUGGGGAAGGCACCUGCCACUGUCACUAACCUACUGGUGGGCACCUCAGGCUAUGGGGCCCCUGCACCUCCUGCUGUACAGUUCAUUGCCCAGGGGGCCCCUGGCGGUGGGACCACUGCAGGCUCAGGAGCAGGUGCUGGGAGUGGCCCCAAUGGGCCAGUACCCUUGGGCAUACUGCAACCAGGUGCCCUGGGCAAGGCUGGGGGAAUCACCCAGGUGCAGUACAUCCUGCCCACGCUGCCCCAGCAGCUUCAAGUGGCACCUGCCCCAGCACCAGCCCCUGGGACCAAGGCAGCGGCUCCCAGCGGCCCUGCACCCACCACCAGCAUCCGUUUCACCCUCCCACCGGGCACCUCCACCAACGGCAAGGUCCUGGCUGCCACUGCACCCACUCCUGGCAUCCCCAUCCUGCAGUCCGUACCCUCCGCCCCACCCCCUAAAGCCCAGUCAGUUUCUCCUGUGCAGGCCCCGCCCCCGGGAGGCUCAGCCCAGCUGCUACCUGGGAAGGUUCUAGUGCCCCUGGCCCCCCCUAGCAUGUCAGUGCGGGGUGGAGGGGCUGGCCAGCCGCUGCCCCUGGUGAGCCCACCUUUCUCAGUACCUGUGCAGAAUGGCGCCCAGCCACCCAGCAAGAUCAUUCAGCUGACUCCAGUGCCUGUGAGCACGCCCAGCGGCCUGGUGCCGCCCCUGAGCCCAGCCACGCUCCCUGGACCCACCUCUCAGCCCCAGAAGGUCCUGCUACCCUCUUCCACCAGAAUCACCUACGUGCAGUCAGCAGGCGGGCACGCGCUGCCCCUGGGCACCAGCCCUACGUCCAGCCAGGCUGGAACAGUCACAUCGUACGGGCCCACGAGCUCUGUAGCUCUAGGCUUCACCUCGCUGGGGCCCAGCGGCCCCGCCUUCGUGCAGCCCCUGCUCUCAGCAAGCCAAGCUCCAUUGCUGGCUCCUGGCCAGGUGGGCGUGUCACCUGUACCCAGCCCUCAGCUGCCACCUGCCUGCGCAGCCCCAGGAGGUCCUGUCAUAACGGCGUUUUACCCUGGCAGCCCUGCACCCACCUCCUCGGCACCGCUGGCCCAGUCAUCCCAGGCUCCCCCAAGCCUAGUCUACACUGUGGCUACCAGCACAACCCCACCUGCUGCUGCCAUUCUGCCCAAGGGCCCAACAGUCCCUGCCACUGCCACCCCAGCCCCCACUAGCCCUUUCCCUAGUGCCACAGCAGGCUCCAUGACGUACAGCUUAGUGGCCCCCAAGGCCCAGCGGCCCAGUCCAAAGGUGCCCCAGAAAGUGAAGGCAGCCAUCGCCAGCAUUCCUGUGGGGUCCUUUGAGUCAGGUGCCUCUGGACGCCCAGGCCCUGCAUCCCGGCAGCCUCUGGAGCCUGGGCCAGUCCGUGAGCCAACUGCCCCAGAGUCUGAACUUGAGGGACAGCCCACAACACCAGCCCCUCCACCACCCCCAGAGGCCUGGACGCCCACGGCCCGGAGCAGCCCCCCGCCGCCUUCCCCUGCAGAGGAACGGACCAGCACUAAGGGCCCUGAGACUAUGGCCAGCAAAUUCCCCAGCUCAUCUUCAGACUGGCGUGUCCCUGGACAGAGCCUGGAGAGUCGUGGGGAGCCUCCCACACCUCCCAGCCCAGCCCCAGCUCCAGCCGCAGCCCCUGGUAGCAGCAGUGUCAGCAGCGAGGGCAGCGGUGGGAGGGUGACUGGGGACACCCCUGAACGCAAGGAGGUGGCUAGUACCGGCAAGAAGGUGAAGGUGCGGCCCCCGCCCCUGAAGAAGACCUUUGACUCUGUGGACAACAGGGUCCUGUCAGAGGUGGACUUCGAAGAGCGCUUUGCUGAACUGCCCGAGUUUCGGCCGGAGGAGGUGCUGCCAUCCCCCACCCUGCAGUCUCUGGCCACCUCGCCCCGGGCCAUCCUGGGCUCUUACCGCAAGAAGAGGAAGAACUCCACCGACCUGGACUCGGCACCUGAGGACCCUACCUCCCCCAAGCGCAAGAUGAGGAGACGCUCUAGCUGCAGCUCGGAGCCCAACACCCCCAAGAGUGCCAAGUGCGAGGGGGACAUCUUUACCUUUGACCGCACAGGUACAGAAGCUGAGGAUGUGCUUGGGGAGUUGGAGUACGAGAAGGUGCCAUACUCAUCGCUGCGGCGCACCCUGGACCAGCGUCGGGCCCUGGUCAUGCAGCUCUUCCAGGACCACGGCUUCUUCCCGUCAGCCCAGGCCACAGCAGCCUUCCAGGCACGGUACGCAGACAUCUUUCCCUCCAAGGUUUGUCUGCAGUUGAAGAUUCGUGAGGUGCGCCAGAAGAUCAUGCAGGCGGCCACUCCCACAGAGCAACCCCCUGGAGCUGAGACCCCUCUCCCUGGACCGCCCCCCACUGGCACCGCUGCUGCCCCUGUUCCCACUCCCAGCCCUGCUGGGGGCCCUGACCCCACCUCACCUGGCUCGGACUCUGGCACAGCCCAGGCUGCCCCACAACUGCCUCCACCCCCCGAGUCGGGGCCUGGACAGCCUGGCUGGGAGGGUGCUCCCCAGCCCUCCCCCCCACCCCCAGGCCCCUCCACAGCUGCCACAGGCAGGUGAGGGACCCUUGAGAAGAUCCCAGGACUCACAGUACGCCCCUCAGGACAUGAACAGUAUAUAGGUGGCAGGAGUUGAGGGGCAGGAUGGUUACCUCCUCCCCUGUAUAGCCAUUUCGUCCUUUCCAGUUUGGGGCGGAAUGAGGCCUGCUCCUCUUGUAUAUACCCCCUCCCCCCCCCAGUUCCCUCCCUGUGCUGGGGGGCAGCUGAGGGGAAGCAGGGGCAGUCUCCCUCCACCGAGCCCCUGUACAUAACCUGGAGUGUGUGACCUUCAGAGCUUUUCACUUUAUGCAAAAUGGCUCCUGUGAGGGCUGCAAGCUGGAGGGCUGUGAGGGCCUUGGGCCACAGGAAGAUUCCUGUGGAGUAGGGGGAGUUCAUGCACCCCUUUUUCCCCCAGAGGGGCUGGACUCAGGUUAGUUUGGGGGUGGGGGCUCCUGCACUUUGCCACAGGCAUGGGGAGGGCUCUCUCCCCACCCCCUCUGCCCUCCCAACUUGGGUUGUACUUUCUAAGAAGGUGAUUCCCCCUACCCUUGCCCCUACCCCCAGAACAAAACAUGUUGAUCAUGUGCAAUAUUUCUUACUGUGCCGAGAAGCCGCAAUGACUGAGAUUAAAGCUGUUUAACACA